CCGGGUGGGCGGCGAGGAGCGCGCCCGCUGGGCGCUCGGGGCUUCGGCGCCUGCCGGCCGGGCCCCGCGCGCUCGCCUGGGAAACUUCUGCGGGCGCGAGGCCGGAGCUCGGCGCAGGGCCGGGGAAGGAAAGAAUGUCCUGGUGUCUCUCGCUCAGCCCCCUGAUAGUUCUUCACCCUGGAUGCACAUCAGAAGAUGCCAGUGUCUGGGCCCCAGCACAGGCUGAAACCACAAAACAUUUGUGGACUAGAUCUAAAUCAGGAGCCCAAAUGAACUUAAAGAAGCUAGCAUGGGAUUUUUAGUUUCUCAAGACCCAUACACGCAAAACCCUUAAUUACUACAACUCUAUCGUCCAGGCUUUAGCGGGUUUUCUAAAGACUUUGCGAAACUCUGAUGAUGGAAAAGUGAAGGACUUGCUUCGAUAUCAUUCAACCUCAACGGAAAAGCGACCAGACCACAGUCAGCCAUGGAAAGAAAUUCAAGCUUAUGGAAGAAUCUAAUAGAUGAGCACCCAGUCUGCACCACCUGGAAGGAAGAGGCCGAAGGAGCCAUUUAUCAUCUGGCCAGUAUUUUAUUUGUUGUAGGUUUCAUGGGUGGCAGUGGAUUCUUCGGGCUCCUUUACGUCUUCAGUUUGCUGGGUUUGGGUUUUCUCUGCUCGGCCGUCUGGGCUUGGGUCGACGUCUGUGCCGCCGACAUUUUUUCCUGGAAUUUUGUACUGUUUGUCAUCUGCUUCAUGCAGUUUGUCCACAUUGCCUAUCAAGUUCGCAGCAUAACCUUUUCUCGCGAAUUCCAGCUAUUGUACAGCUCCCUUUUCCAGCCUCUGGGGACCUCUUUGCCUGUCUUCAGAACAAUUGCUCUGAGCUCUGAAGUGGUUACUUUGGAAAAGGAGCACUGUUACGCCAUGCAGGGGAAAACCUCCAUUGAUAAGCUCUCCCUUCUUGUUUCAGGAAGGAUCCGAGUGACAGUUGAUGGCGAAUUUCUGCAUUACAUUUUCCCCUUCCAGUUCCUGGAUUCUCCUGAAUGGGACUCCCUGAGACCCACAGAGGAAGGCAUUUUUCAGGUGACCCUCACAGCAGAGACUGAUUGUCGGUAUGUGUCUUGGAGGAGAAAGAAAUUAUAUUUGCUCUUCGCUCAGCAUCGUUACAUCUCCCGCCUGUUUUCAGUUUUAAUUGGCAGUGACAUUGCAGAUAAACUCUAUGCCUUGAAUGACAGAGUAUAUACAGGGAAGACAUACCACUAUGAUAUUCGGUUACCCAACUUCUAUCAAAUGUCAAGUCCAAAAAUACGCAAAUCACCCCUGACAGAACAUUUCCGGAACUCCAGACCCUAUUGUGAUAAAUGACUUCGAAGUGUGAAGCUUUAUAAUUAUAAAAAAGACUCUCUUCAUCAUUCCUCAAAUGAAAUACAGCAAAUUGUGCUCACUAAUAUUUUUAUAACUCAAAUUCCGAGGCAAGAUGCCGCUGCCAGCUGUUUUAUUCAUCUCAACUUUUGCGUUGUGAAUAAAGUUUACAAAUUUCUCUGUAUUUCUUAUUGGAAUAAAUGGGAGGGAGUGAAUAACUCGGG